GCUGCAGAAGCGGCUAGAAAGAGUCUCUUAUAGAGUCGUGAGAUAAAGAAGAAGUUAUUCGACAGCAAGACGGGCAGUGACACACAAACUGCUAUACAGACAUGUCUGACAAAGAGCUUCUACCGGAGCUAGAGGAGCCAGAACAACAAGAAGAACCAGAUAAACCAGAGUACAGGAUUGUGCUUCUUGGAAAAACUGGAGUUGGAAAGAACAAAAUUGGAGAUGCCAUUUUAGGAAAUAAUAGAAAUGGUUUUGAGUCAAGGUCAUCUUUAGAGUUUCAGAAGAAAACACAAGAGUUCGGGGGUCAGAUCCUGACUGUAGUUGUUACUCCAGAUCUGUUUGAGAACAGACUGACUGACGUGGAUGUGAGGAGGGAAAUCCAUAGAUGCAUCUGCUUUGCUGCUCCUGGUCCCCAUGUGUUCCUGGUUGUGUUUCAAACUGGCAGCUUCACAGAAGAAGAUAAAGAAAUAGUGAGAAAAAUUCAGCACAUGUUUGGAGAAAAAGCAGCACGUUAUAUUAUGGUCUUAUUCACCUGUGGAGAUGAUCCAGAGGCAGCCAGUGUUACCAUUGAUGAAUUUAUUAGUAAAAAUCCACCUCUGCGUAACUUCAUCAGUCAGUGUGGAGGAAAACAUCAUGUGUUUAACAACAGAAUGGAGGAUCCCUCUCAGGUCAGAGAGUUACUGAAGGAGAUCAACAACAUGGUUCACAGAAAUGAAGGAAGAUACUACACCAGUGAGAUGUUCAGACAGGCUGACUUCAGGAUUGUGCUUGUCGGGAAAACUGGUGUUGGGAAAAGUGCAACAGGAAACACCAUCUUAGGACAAAGAGUAUUUAUGUCUACACCAAAUGCUUCCACAGCAACAGCAAAGUGUCAGAUGGACACAUGUCAGUUUGAUGGUCAAAUCCUGGCUGUAGUUGAUACUCCAGGUCUGUUUGAUACCAAUAAGACUGAAGAGGAGGUCAAGAUAGAGAUCAGUAGGGCCAUCCCCUUUGCUGCUCCUGGUCCUCAUGUGUUCCUGGUUGUGAUUCAGGCGAACAGAUUCACAGAAGAAGAACAAAACACAAUCAGGCAGAUUCAGAAUGUGUUUGGAAGAGAUGCAGCACGGUACACUAUGGCCCUGUUCACCUGUGGAGACAAUCUGGAGCAUGAUGGAGUCGCAAUAGAAACAUUAAUAAAAAAUCCAGCUCUCAGUGACUUCAUCCGUCAGUGUCAUGGAGGAUAUCAUGUUUUUAACAACAGAAGCAGAGACCCUGCUCAGGUCAGAGAGCUCCUGGAGAAGAUUAACACCAGGGUUCAGAAUAAUGGAGGAAGUUGCUACACCAAUGAGAUGUUUGAAAAGGCAGAGAGAGCCUUUAAAAAAGUGGAACCAGACCUCAGGAUUGUUCUUGUGGGAAAAACCAGAGCUGGGAAGAGUGCAGCAGGAAACACCAUCUUAGAGGGAAAUGUAUUUAGAUCAACAUCAUCUUCUUCCCCAGUGACAUUAGAGUGUAAGAAGGAAACAGCUCCGUUCGACUUUCAAAAACUGGCUGUAGUUGAUACUCCAGGCCUGUUUCACACCAUGUUCACCUUAGACCAGUUCAACAAAGAGAUCAAUAGAUGCAUCUCAUUGGCUGCUCCUGGUCCUCACGUGUUCCUGAUUGUGGUCAAUCCAGGAGAGUUUGAAGAUAAAGAACAAGAAACAGUGAGAAUCCUUCAGGAUGUGUUUGGAGACAAAGCAGCUUGUUACACCAUGGUGUUGUUCACCCAUGUAGAUGAUCUGAAGGUCUCCAUAAAGGAAUGCAUCAUUGAAACUCCAGGUCUCAGUGAGUUCAUCAAUCAGUGUGGAGGAAAAUAUCAUGUUUUUAACAACAGAAUCAGAGAUCCUGCUCAGGUCAGAGAGCUGCUGGAGAAGAUCAACACCAUGGUGAAGGAAAAUGGAGGAAGGUACUACAGCAAUCAGAUGUUUAAGAAGGCAGGGAAAGUUAUAAAGAAAGAGGUGGAACGACUAAUAAAGAAAGAAAAUAUGACACCCAAAGAAGCAAGAUACAAAGCAGAACGAAAAAACAUGUUUAAUCGAGACAGUAAGGUUGCUGUUCUUAUAGGAUCUGCUCUUGGACUGGGUGUUGGAGUUGGUGCUGGAAUUGGUAUUCCAGCUGUUUUCACAGCUGCUGCUGCUGGAGCUACAGUUGGACUUGUAGGAGGUCCAGUGGGAGCUGCAGUAGGAGCUACAGUUGGAAUUGUAGGUGCUUCGGUGGGAGCUGUGACGGGAGGUUUAUUAGGGUCUUCAGUGGGAGCUGGAGUGGGAGCUGGAGUUCAUUUAAUUCCUGCAGCUAAAAUAAAAAACAAGGCUUGUGUCCUGCAGUGAUAUGCAGUGUUAUUUGGCAGCAGCUCAUUAAAAUCAACAUGAAUAUACAGACUGGAAAUCAAAUUUUAGAAUUAUUAUCUUAUUUGACUGUGCAUUUAUUGAUUAUUAAAUGUAUUUUGAUCAAAUAUAUUUGGUAAUUUUACAGAAAAAGGAAAUCAAAAAUUAAUAAUUGAUUAUGUCAUUACGAAGACAUUAUUAAACUGUGAAACAAUCAGCUUUUAAGAUGAUCUAAAAUCUGUUUUACAGUUGUUCAAGUCAGUAGAACAAGCAUAAUUUUUAAUACUGAUGAAAAUUACUUUUCCGUGUUGUUAAUCAGAAUACUUUAGAAUACUUACUCGCUAUUAAUACGAGAAAACAAGAUAAAAGGAGGAGAAUCAAUCAAACAAUUCAGAAAAAAGCAUUUACUGUUAUUUUUUUUUUUUAUUAAAGUCUGACAUUAAAGAACAGCAGAGAUAUUUGAUUCAUGUUUCCUCUGGGCUUUACCUUUGUUCUGAUCUGUUAAUAAAUAAAAACACAUCAAAUGAAAUGGUGUAAAAGCACUGUAAUAAAAAUAUCUGAAAAAU